AACUCAACUCGUUUGUUUUAGCUUUGCUAGAUUGAUAGGCAGAGUGUGAGUUAAGAUGGGGACAAGAGAGGUGUACGAACAGAAGCUGAAGAGUGGGAAUCUGCACCAUGAUCCUACCAUAAAACCGGGCCUCGGCACCCCUCGCUGCCCACGUUGUCUCUCUCUCCUUGACCAUGAAUCGGGAAAGGGUGAAUGGACUAUCACUCCUGUUCUUCAUGAUGCCACUGCUGUUGUUGGCUCAGGUAUUGGUGGAAUGCUUAGUGCAAUUCAUUGCUGCAAUACAGGGAUCCCGUACCUUCAGAAUCGCUUAAAAGGCCCAAAGUGGCUUCCUUUCUUAGUUGGGCUUCCUCCGCUGCUACUGUUUUCGGGUGCCAGUGCUGCAUUUGGAGGUUAUGCACUUCCAAAGUUUGCUCAACUCACAGUGACUUCGUAUUAUGCCACCUCGAGUGCCUCACAUUAUGGAAUUUCGCUUCUUACUCGACACGUUGAAAAGACACAUACUUCCCGCUCUCAGUAAGAAAGACUCGGAUGAUUUCUUGCAGGUGCACAUAUUAAAGAUUCUACUACAAUUUUGUACCUGAUGUUAUAUAUAUGCUUACUGUUCUUCUUCACUUAUUCCAAUAUAGCUUUUUGAACAACAUUAUUUUGACGAAUGAUUAUAGUAUCUCAAGAUGAUUUUACCCUAGUGCCUGCAAUUUUCAUUAUUAUGU